CCGUGCAAAGCAAAGUAUCUUCUUCAGCUGAAGAGGUUGAUGGCAGUAAUUACGAUGUCUAUCCGGAUAUCACAUAUGAAUGGUGGAACCCAAAUAUGGAUAUUAACGCAAAAACCUACCUGGAUGCAUGGAAUGUAUUAGAAUAAAUUACCGCUGAUUUGCUCUCGAAAGAUCAACAGGCCACUUCACUGAUGAGGUCCGAGACACCCAUAAGAGAGGAGGACUGAGCAGGCCCCUCGCCAGCACGGCUCUCCUCUGGAGAAGCCCAGGUGCAACAGCAGCAGGGGCAGCUUUUCCCCAUCCAACUCCCUAGGACCCAAAAGUCCUAAACUCCACAUUUCCUGUCUUAGUGGGUCCCCGCGAGCGUUCAAAACUGUUUCUCCAACGCUUCUACCAAAAACUCAGACUGUUUUCCAGAGCAGAAGCAGCGGUUGGGCCCAGCUGCUCCUCCUCCCAGGGGGAAGCCAUGGGGAGCGUGCGAAGCCACCGCUACAGCAUUGUCUCCUCCGAGGAAGACGGCAUGAAGCUAGCCGCCAUCGCCGCCGUGCCCAACGGCUACGCCAACGGCACGGUGGCCAAGGUUCACGCGGCGCAGCAGCAGGCUGUGAGCCGCUUCGUCCAGAAGGACGGCCACUGCAACGUGCAGUUCAUCAACAUGAGCGAGAAGGGCCAGCGUUACCUUGCCGACCUGUUCACCACCUGUGUGGACAUCCGCUGGCGCUGGAUGUUGAUCAUCUUCUGCCUGUCCUUCCUCCUCUCCUGGCUCUUCUUCGGCUUCGUCUUCUGGCUGGUAGCGCUCUCCUACGGCGACCUGGAGAACGAGACGCAGAUGUGCGUGUCUAACGUCAACAGCUUCACCGCCGCCUUCCUCUUCUCCGUGGAGACACAGACCACCAUUGGCUACGGCUACCGCUACGUCACCGAGGAGUGUCCCGUGGCCGUCUUCAUGGUGGUCUUCCAGAGCAUCUUCGGCUGCAUCAUUGACGCCUUCAUCAUUGGCGCCGUCAUGGCUAAGAUGGCCAAGCCCAAGAAGAGGAACGAGACGCUAAUCUUCAGCCACUACGCUACGGUGGCCAUGCGGGACAGCAAGCUGUGCCUGAUGUGGCGCGUGGGGAACCUGCGCAAGAGCCACCUGGUGGAGGCCCACGUGCGCGCCCACCUCCUCAGGUCGCGAACCACGGCCGAAGGCGAGUAUAUCCCCCUGGACCAGAUGGACAUUGACGUGGGCUUCGACAGCGGCGUCGACCGCGUCUUCCUGGUGUCACCCAUCACUAUUGUCCAUGAGAUCGACGAGGACAGCCCCUUGUAUGAGAUGAGCAAACAGGAGCUGGAAACGUCCCAGUUUGAGAUGGUGGUGAUCCUGGAAGGUAUGGUGGAAGCCACGGCCAUGACCACCCAGUGCCGCAGCUCCUACGUGGCCAGCGAGGUUCUCUGGGGCCACCGCUUCGAGCCAGUCCUGUUCGAGGAGAAUAACUACUACAAGGUGGACUACUCGCGCUUCGAGAAAACCUACGAGGUGAGCAACACGCCCCAGUGUAGUGCCAGGGACCUGGCUGAGAAGAAGUCACUGGUCUCUUGCUCCAACUCCUUCUGUUACGAGAACGAGGUGGCCCUUGAAAAAGUGGAGAUGGAGGAGACGUUUGACGAGGAGAAAGAGGAGGAUGGGGAGGAGAAGGAGGAGGUAAAAAUGGAGGAUCAGGGUGCUAUUGAGAACGGCAUUGAGAACGCAACACUGGAGGAGACAAACACAGACACAGUCUCUGUACAUUCUGAACACAAUCAGGAUACCAGGAGUCUGACGAUGCCUUCAGAAGCAAGGCCUCUAAGACGAGAAUCAGAAAUAUGACUGCAGAGAUGU